AUGUGCGGGGAGUGUCGCCUCUCGAUGCACGGGAUCAAAACAAGCAGGAAUGAAGGGGAAGAUCCCAGAUGCCCCCAAAAAAAAAACAUACAGAGAACCCCCCUCCCACAACCCUGGCGGAGGGUCGGCAAGUCCCCUGUCCCCGAAUCCACCGGGGACAUUACAAGUGGCGGCGGCGGGUGGAACGCCGCUGCAACCAAAGUCUGGGCGGGCGGACCCACAGAGGCCAUCUUCGUGGCUGACGAGGACCAGGGUGCGGCCGCUGAGGAGGACGUUCGGGGUACGGCCACACCCGUGGCCGGAGCGGAGGUGGAUGCGCCCGCUGAGGGGGACGUCCAGGGUACGGCCACACCCGUGGCUGACAUGGAGGAGCAGGCACUGAUGCUGGCAGAAGGGCAGGAGCUAGUCUCAGCCGUGGAGCAAGUACUGGUAUCGGCCGCAGAGCAAGUAGUGGUAUCGGCCACUGAGCUGGAGCCGGUUUUGGCCGCUGAGCAGGAGCUAGUAUCGGCCGCUGAGCAGGAGCUGGUGGAGCAGGAAAUGGUUCCCCCCGCGGAGCAGGUACUGGUCUCUGCCGCGGAGCAGGAGCUGGUAUUGGCCGCUGAGCAGGAGCUGGUAUUGGCCGCUGAGCUGGUACUGGUGGAGCAAGAAAUGGUAUGCGCUGCGGAGCAGGUACUGGUCUCCGCUGCGGAGCAAGAACUGGUAUCGUCCGCUGAGCUGGUACUGGUGGAGCAGGAACUGGUAUCCGCCACGGAGCAGGUACUGGUCUCCGCCGCGGAGCUGGAACUGGUAUCAGCCGUGGAGCAGGCAAAGGGACCCACCGAGGAGAACAAGGAGAAAGGCUCAGACAUGGACUAGAACUACGAUUAGAACUAAGGAUAACGCUAGGGCUUGGGCAAGGACUUGGGCGAGGACCAGGACUAACAAUCAGACUAGUGCUUUGACAAGGGCUUGGGCAAGUACCAGGACUUAGUCAUACCAGGGUUUGGGCAAGAACUAGGACAGACGGUCAAACUAGGGCUUGGGCAAGGACUGGGACUAACAAUCAUACCGGUGCUCGGGCAAGGACUUGGACAAGGACUAGGAUUUACAGUAACACUGGGGCUCGUGCAAGAACUUGGGCAAGGACUAGGGUUCGGACUAAGACCACGAGGGAAAUCAGAACACGGACUAUGAUUCGGACUACAAAUACGACUCAAACAGAAACUCGGACCAGGACUAGGACUACAAUCACGACUCGGAAUAGGACUCGGAUCAGGACUCGGAUUAGGACUAGAACAAAAACUCGGACCAGGACUUGGACUACGACUCAAUCUACAAGUCGGUCGACGAGUAAGACUAGAACACGGACUACGAAGACGGUAGGACUUGAACUCUGACAAAGUACAGAACUGGGACUAGAACAAAGACUUAUGCACGGACGGAACACAGGUGGAGGAGGUCUAGGAGGCCGUAAUGGCUUAACAGGACAGGACACAGGCGGAGGACGUCUAGGAGGCCGUAGUGGCUUAACAGGACGGAACACAGGCGGAGGAGGUCUAGAGGGAAGUACAGACUUAACCGGGGGGAACUCCGGUGAAGGAGGUCUAAUGGGCCGGAGUUUCAAGUGCUGGGAUAGAGGUGGGAGAGGUUUGACCGGUUGUCGAGGUGGCUUAGUUGUUUGCAGCUGUGCUACCUCCGUAGCACGGCUGCUAAUACUAGCACCCCCCCUCCUUAAAACGCGAAUUUAGGCGCGCUCCCCGAGGUCAGAAACUGACCCCUAGGGUGGGCGGCGGCAUGUUUGGAGGAUUGCAGACUCUUCCCCUCUAACCUGUUCAAAUUCCUCUCUAAGGGGGAAGGGACAAGGCACAGACUUGGGCGGGAAACGAGAAUUACGAAGCGGGGAAGCAAGUGUGGGGGGCCAAUACUGACCAGAACUGUGGUGGCGAAAAAUGCCCUGAUAAUAAUUAAUCUUAGAAUUAACGUCAUUGUUUGGCGGGUGACUGGGCAUGGGGGUGCAAUAAUUGUCCUUAUAAAUCUUCUUUAAAGAAAAUAGGUCUUUGGGUGACAAAUGAGAAAAUUCUGAAUCAAAAAACUCAUCGUCACUGCUAUCAUCGGAAAAAAAAUUCUGUGGAGAGUCUAACAAGGGGUUAAUAGUGACAUCAUAGGGAGGCAGGAACAAAGUGACGUCACUUUGAGUGACAGGGGAGGCGGAAGCUUGUGCAGGGCUAAAGGAGCUAACAGAGUGGUGGUUGGAAACAGGAGAAACGAACAAGCUACCAACCCUAAAUGAAAAGUCCAGGGCUGUAGCGGUGGAGUACUUGGCUGGAUAUUCUGCUUGGUGGGGACGGAGUUUUGGAAGAUCCCACGCAAGGUGACGCGUUUCUGCUGGCCGGUUUCUGUUACGAUAGCGCCGCAUCGUGGAUGUGCGGGGAGUGUUGCCUCUUGAUGCACGGGAUCAAAACAAGCAGGAAUGAAGACAGCCAGGCUCUCAAAGAUUGGUGGAUAUGACUUAAAGAGCUGUUUAAGCACCAUCAUGGACAGGCUCAUGGCAAAUGAAUUAAUGUCCAAUCUGAACAUGAAGGGGAGAGGGGGAAAAACUGGCUUUGCCGAGACGAAGCUGCUCGAUGUAGUCACAGCUAGUGUCUUGGAUACCCAGAAGGGGACCGAAACGAUGGUCCAUGAUGCCAUAAAAAAUAAACUGAAAUAUGCCCCUGGACGGAAGGGAGGAAUAGGUUGGGCAUCACAGGCUAAAUAAAUAAUUAUAUCGAU